AUGUUCGAUUCUACGGGGAUGGAAGAAUCUCUUGUUACAUCUUCUGAGAGCAAAAGCAAACCAAUCCGUCGGUCAAAACAUAUUCCACAUAAUCUACGACCAAAACAUAUUGUCGAUAGACGUAACACACGCGAACGACGACGUGUUCACGAUGUCAAUCAAGCAUUUCUCUUACUCAAAGCACUUCUACCAUUCGAGUCCCACGAACAUACUAAAGAACAUAUACAUUCUACUCGAAUAUCAAAACUUCGAACACUUCGAAAGGCAGUUGAUUACAUAAAAGCACUUCAACUGCUGUUAAACGAAACGAAUUAA